UGUUUAUUCCUGCUUGAAGCUGCUGUUCUGAAAACAAACAGUAGAAGAAUGUGGAAGAAUUCAAGCCUCCGCUGCCUUUUAGCACUAGCUAUUUUGUGUUCAAGAAGCUUAAUAUAUAGCCAAGAAAUAGGUUCUCUGGGGCCCCAGAAUUUGAAAUGUGUAACGCACAAUUUACUUAAAAUGAUAUGUACUUGGGAUGUCUCUUCUAAAGGAAGACAUGGACAAACUGACUUUUGCUACACUACCAAUGACCUCCCCCCUCCAGUGUGUUUUAAAACUAAGGAGAAAAGGGUUGAGAUUCCAGUCCCAGAGAGCUCCAGCACGGUGACAAUAACCACAAACAGUAUUUCUGGAACUGCUUUUGCUACCAAAGAAUUUGAAAUUCACAAGAAAGACAUCUCAUUUGUUCCUCUCACUCCACACAUUCUUAGUUUAACACCUGACUUUUCAACUUCCACGUUAAAUCUAAAGUGGAGUGAUAAUGGAUCAGUCUUCCCAUACGGACUGGAUGCCUUUUGGCAGAUUCAGAUACUCCGUAAAGAAGCAAUAGAAAAAGUCACACAAGUAACUUACUAUUCAAAACUGACUCAUGAAGACAUCAUUCUUUCUUGGAACUGGACAUCAGAUAUGCCUUUGGAGUGUACAUCGCACUAUGUGAAGAUUCGCUCUUACAUUAAUGUAACACAGUUUGUUGGCCCCAAGGACUGGAGUGACUGGAGUCCAGUAGAAGAGGUCCCUGGAAAAGAUACGGAGCCCAAUGUGAGUGGGGUGUUUCCUCAGGACACUGUGGUGGCAGUAGGUUCAGAUGUGACAAUUUGUUGUGUCCAUGAAGAAGGACAGCAGAUACAACGGAUGACUUAUGGACCAGAAAUAUAUCCAAUGAUACAUCUGAGCAGUCGGAGCAGUGCAAUUAGAGUGCUAAAUGCCAGUGCUUCAGAUACCAGUGGCACAAAUGUAGUGUGUAUACUGUCCGAAGAUGAGAUGGAUGGAACUGUCUUGUUUGUAGGAUAUGCCCCUGAUAUUCCCCAAAACCUCAGCUGUGAAACAUCCAACUUCCUGAUAAUAAAAUGCACCUGGAAACCAGGCAGACCCAGUGGACUAUAUGGAAAACGAAGAACAAAGUACAGUUUAUUUGACAGAAUAUCUGGUAAAAAUAUUUCAUGUGAAGUCAAUGAAAUGAACAGAGAGCGUGUCUGUGGCUUUCCAGUAGUGGCUGAUCAAAAAACCUAUGAUUUCCUAUUAGGCGUCUCCAAUCCUAUCGGCCAAACAGAGUCAUCGCUUUUGGUUGAUUUAACUCAAAGAGUUCAUCCAAAAACUCCAGAAAAGUUAACUGUUUCUGGGAACAGCUCUACAAGCGUCCGUCUGCGUUGGUUUAUAAAUGGCAGCUUUGCUGAGAUCAGGCUUCUGUGUCAAAUUGAAAUUAGCAGUGGUCACUCUGAGCGAAAACUGCACAAUGUCUCCAUGCCUGGUGGAAAAUUCUCAACUUACACAGCUCAGCUGAACGCAUUGCACCCAUAUACCAAAUACCAGUUCAGGGUGCGCUGUUCGGCUGCUGACCACUUCUGGAGGUGGAGUGAUUGGAGCAGGAUAGAGGAGCACACAACAUUGGAAGCCCCUCCUGCAAGAGGACCAGAUAUCUGGAGGGAGAGAAGUCCUUCUGGAAAAAGUCUAAAAAUCUUCUGGAAGCCUUUAUCCCUUUCUGAAGCCAAUGGAAAAAUAGUGUCUCAUGAAGUGUCCUGCUACCUGCUAGAGACACCACUGGAGCAUAAAGAAGUCACUGAACCCUCAAACAGUACUGAGAUAAAACUUGGAAAAAAUGACUGUGUAAUUAGCGUUGUAGCCAAAAACCACGCAGGCUCGUCUCCUCCUUCAAGGAUAACAAGCGUGGAACUUCCAAGUGACAAUGUCAAAACAGAUCGGGCCGUGGCAAUGGGGAAUGGAAUUUAUGUUUCUUGGAAUUCUUACCCUAACAUGACCUGUGGCUACAUAGUAAAAUGGUGUCAUUCAUCUGGGUCUGAACCCUGUAGUGUGGACUGGCAGAAGUUUCCUUCAAAUACAACAGAUGCAGUGAUAAAGUCUGCUCUGUUUAGACCUGGCGUGAGAUACCACUUUUCACUAUAUGGCUGCAAAUCCAGUGGAUAUCAGUUAUUGAAAAACAUAACCGGGUAUAUGAAAGAGCUGCCUCCAAAACGUGCACCAAAUUUUACUGUAGAAGAAACCUCUUCAGAUUCUAUAUUGGUAAAAUGGGAAGACAUUCCUAUUGAAGAUUGUCAGGGGUUUUUAGAGGGAUAUCGGCUUUCGUUUGCAAAAGGUGAAAAAGAUGCUUUAAAGCCUAGGCUUUUGGAAUCAGGGAAUCCAGAACUUAAAGUUAAGAAUAUCACUGACUUAACAAAGAAGUCUUUGAAAAUACUUGAUCUUCAAGGCAAAACAAGUUACCAACUGGACCUACAGGCCUACACUGCUGGUGGGUUGAGCCCUCCAAACAGCCUCUAUGUGGUGACAAAGGAGGACUCUAUAGGAUUAAUCAUUGCAAUUCUCAUCCCCGUGGCAGUGGUUGUGCUGCUUGGAGUGGUGGCCAGCAUCUUCUGCUACCGAAAGAGGAAAUGGAUUAAAGAAACAUUUUAUCCAGAGAUCCCGAAUCCUGAGAACAGUAAGGCACUGCAGUUUCAGAAGAAAUCUGUGAGUAACUUUUGUCAGGGGACUAAGACACUUAAAACACUGGAAAUGAACCCAUGCACCCCCAAUAAUGUUGAAGUGGUGGAAACACGGUCUGCAGCUCCCAAGAUUGAAGACACAGAGAUGAUAUCCCCAGCAGCAGACACCACUGCUGAAGAUGGCUCUGACUCAGAAACGGAGAACCAUGUGGUUGUAUCCUACUCCCCUAUCAUUGAAGAGGAGAUCUCAAACACCCCUAUGGAUGAACCUGUGGGGUCAUCUCAGGUGGUUUACAUUGACAUCCAGUCAAUGUAUCAGCCUCAAAUUAAACCAGAGGAGGAGCCAGAAAUAGACUUAGUGACUACAGCAGGCUAUAAGCCACAAAUGCAGCUGGCUAUCAGUGCUCUGAAAAUAGAGAGUCGCUCACCUGCAGAGGAAGAAUUGGACAAAACUGCAGGUUACAGACCUCAAGCAAACACAAAUGCCUGGAACAUGGACACUCCAGACUCUCCUGGAUCUGUUGAAAGCAACAAUGAAAAUGCAUCUUUUGGGAGCCCGUGCUCCAUUAAUUCCCGACAGUUUCUGCUUCCCCCAAAUGAUGAAGACUCUCCCAAACCCAGUAACAUAGGGUGGUCCUUUACACACUUUUUUCAGAACAAAUCAAAUGAUUAACAGUGAGUCCUCGUUGCACCUGAACCUGCCUUCUAAAUAAGCUCUUAUUCCUGACGUUGUAAAGAAAGGAAGAACAAAAGUGCAAAAGGCAUGAAUUAUUCUUGGAGACAGUCAGCAGAGGUUCUAGUGAGCUGAAUGUUACCAUGUUUAAGUUAGCACAAGAGUUAAUGUUCCAUUUUAAUAGAGGCCGAGAGGCCAAAGUUAUAGCAAUUUAGUUGUUACUCUAGUAAAAUAUAUUGGAUAUAAGGGGUAUUGAGUUUAGAGCUCCUGAUAAUCAUAGUCAAAGAACUCUGCCUACCUUCACAUAAUGCUCCAAGAUUAAUAUGGUCUCAUGCAACUUAUAACUUGGAAAGAUUGCUUUGCUUUGUUGUAGUUGUUCUCAACUGUGCAUACUCAAAUGAUGCAGCCCCAACAGGUUUUCUUACUGAAGGUUUCAUUUAUCACAGACCUCAGCCUAACAUAUGGAAACGAUGUGGUUGGAAAAUCUUGAGAUCUUUUAUCUAGUUAUAAACU